AUGCAUGACUACGCGAGAGUGAACCACAUAGACCUUGAGCAGGACCUCACGGUUGACGAGUACUACUCGGUGAAGUCGGGGCUAAGAAUAAUCCUGAGCAAAAUAAAGAGCCCCAAAAUAUAUGGGUACUUCACCCUACUUACGGAGGCAGAAAAUGACGAGGGCUUACCGCACACCUUAGAGCACCUGAUAUUUCUGGGAAGCCACAAGUAUCCAUACAAAGGACUGCUGGACUCAUUAGCAUACAAAUGUCUUUCGGAAGGAACAAAUGCCUGGACCUCAAUCGAUCACACAUGCUAUACUAUAGAAACCUUUGGCAUGGAAGGAUUUAGUAAUAUACUACCCAUUUAUCUAGACUUCAUCCUAAACCCAACCCUAGCCGACGAUAUGUUUCUAUCGGAAGUACACCACAUAUUUGAAAAUGGAACUCAUAACGGAGUGGUGUACUCAGAAAUGAAGUCCAUAGAAAAUAACUGUGAAAAUAUUAUCGAGAGAACAGUAAUUACAAAUCUUUAUCCAAAUGAGAAAAGUGGAUAUAGGUUCGAGACAGGUGGGACUUUGGAUGGGUUAAGGAAAACUAAUAAUAGUCGUGUUAGAGAGUACUUUAAAAAAUUUUAUAAGCUGGAUAACUUUGCCAUUAUUAUUUUUGGCAAUUUUAACAACGACGAUAUUUUGAAUAUCAUUUAUGAAUUCGAAAAGUACCACUUGGAGUUGAACCCGGACCAGGUUCUGGCUGGGGUAGACUCUUCCACGGGAGAGGUGAAUAACCCCUCCGCGGAAGAACUGUUCAUAAGGCACAUGCAGAGCCCCAAGAGGCCCUGGAGCGAAGAGUGCAAUGUUGAAAGGAGGAACGACUCCAGAAUUGUUAAGAAGUAUUACCCGUGCAAUAACCUGAACAACGGUCAGGUGUGCAUUGCGUGGAGAGGGUGCGACUGGGCCGAUUUUCACACCAAGUUGGCUAUAUCCCUUCUGGGUAAUUAUCUGACCGACUUAACGACAUCUCCCGUGAGCAAACGCUUGUUGGAGGACAAGGAGAACACCUACUGCAGUGGCCUGGACUUUGCGCUGGAGGAUUUGAAGAGCAACUACUUCACCAUUGAUAUUUACGACGUCGUGUAUAAGUUCAGAGUGGCCACCGGGGCGGAGAAGCCACAACAAGGGGAUCAACAGCAAGGGGAUCAACAACAAGGGGGUGAACAGCAAGGGGGUGAACAGCAAGGGGGUGAACAGCAAGCGGAAGAACAAAAAACGGAGCGGCCACAAUCAGGGCAAGCGCCACAGGAGUCGGCACCCAGGCUGUACGACCCCAAGAUGAACGAAGUAGGAGAAAUAACACGCAAGUGUCUGCAACAAGUUCUGGAAGAGCCCCUCAACAUGGACAGGAUGAAGAAUAUAAUUGUUCGAUCCUAUUUGCAACAUCUGAAGGACCUGGAAGCGGCCCCACAAUACCUCCUAAACGAAUUCAUUAUAAAAUAUUUUAUCUAUGGAAAGAGCAAGGAGGAUCUUAACAAUUGUUUAAAUUUGAAAAAGGCAUACGUAGACCUCUUAGGGGAAAAGGAGAACUACUGGAAGGAAAUUUUGAAGAAAUUUUUCGUGCAAAAUAACUACGUGGAGGUGAGGUGCUACCCGAGUUACAAAAAGGCAAAACAGAUUGAACUGUUCGAGAGAAACCUAAUUGAAAAUGAACAGAAGAAAUACGGGAAGGAGAAACUUCAAGAAAUGGCGAAACACAUUAGGAAAAUAAAGGAGGGGUUCGAGAAAAAACCUCCCAAAAGUUGUCUGAAUGUGGUAGACUCUGCUAAUCCGCAGAACGUUCUGAUAGAGGGUCUAACUGUAUUCCGUAAUUUCGAGCUUUUACAAAAGGGGGAUAGAAAAGAAGAUACCUCUUUGGAAGAGUGGGGAAAGGAAGGAGAUAAUACCAACCAGGAUGUAUCUUGUGAAAACAACAAGUUGUUAAGUACCCUUGAAGGAGAUUUGAAGAGAUUGAUUUUUCCAAUCCAGCUGAGUCACAUCCCAUCAAACUUCGUAUCGAUUAAUGUGCUAAUAAAUUCAAGCAACGUGGAUGCAGAAUUACAAAAGUAUAUUCCUCUCUUGAGUUACCUGCUCUUUGAGACAGAUGUAGAGGUGAACAAUACUAAUGUGAAGUGUGAAUUGUUCACGGAGGAGCUCAUUAGACAUACCAUCAACUAUUGCUGUAACUACGGUUUAGGAGGAAACGCCAAGAAUUUCAGAGCAGGAAGUUUAGGCAAUAUACUCUGCAUACAAAUUGUAGGUCUCUACGAACACUAUGAAAAAUUAUUUGAUCUCCUCUUUUUAUCUAUGUUUAAAAUGAUAUUAACAGUUGAGAGAAUGGAGAUUAUUUUGAAAUCUGCUUAUCAAAAUUUGUUGCAAAAAAAAACGAAGCCAAAGACGCUUGUAGUAAAUAUGGAAUAUGCUCUUCGCUAUUUGAGGCAGAGCACCUCGGGAGUUAUUUCUAUUGGACAACAGGAAAUAAUUCUUGAAUUAAUUGAAGAUAAGAACAACCUGAAUCAAUUGUAUGAUAAGCUGAACACUCUGAAGGGACAGCUCUUCGACUUAAAAAAUUUCGUCAUUGCCAUUGAUGCAAAUUUCUGCAAAAUUAAAAAUAUCUUCUCAUGGUACGAUCGUUGGUUUAAGAUUUCCUCUCCGGAAGAACAAAGCGCCUCCUCAUCAGAUAUGCAUAAAAAGAAUUACACCGUGAAUGCUCCAUACACUGAAUUCACUUUUAACCGGGCGAACCAAACAGACUUUACAAACUCCGGAAAUGAGGCCAACCAUACAGAUGCCUCUAACAGUGGAAAUGCAGCUAACGUAAACAACGCUGAUAAGAGCUCAGUGGAGGAGAAGAAGACUGCCUCCCCUUUCGAUGUGGCCAUCACGAACGGUGCGGAGUCGAAAGGAGAAGCCGAAGGAAGUGCCCCCACAGAUGGAGCAAAUGCACCUCCAAUGUGUAAAACGAACAAAAAAAAAAGUGCAGACAAGUACAUAUGCCUAGGACCCAGUGUACACAAAAACUUGAAGGAGUACCUGAGCGCGGAGUUCGAAAAGGAAGAUAAAAACUUCCAACUCAAUUUGGUAAAAGAGAAAGCGUACAAUGGAAUCCUGUGUGGUUUGAAGAGUACAGAUGUUUCUUACCUGAAACUAACUGUUAAAGUACCCGCAGGAUAUGAACACGAAGAUUAUUGUGCUCUAUUGCUUCUGCGUGAAUUCUUCUGCAUGACGGAAGGACCCCUCUACAAUAGCAUUCGGGGAGGAGGAUUCGCUUAUGAAUGUGCACUAGACUUUAACUGUAUCCAUGGAGAGCUGAGCUUACGUAUUUAUAGAUCAAGUGAUAUCAUUAGCGCUCUGAAAGAAGCAUUGCACAUUUUCGACUACUACUGCAAGAACGAAAUGAAGGAGGAUGAAAUAUCUCUUGCCAAGAGCAGCGCUUACUACACCAUCUUCAACAAUCAAGAGACCAUAUCGGAUAGAGCUUCGCAGACGAUUUUUCUGAGUAUAAAAAAUUUGCCCUUAAAUUUUUACAACAGCUUGUUAAGGAAAAUUGAAGGAAUCACGACGAAGGAUCUACAGAAAAUUUGCCACAAGUACUUGUCUCGAAUUGUCAACUUCAGAAUAGAUAGAACUAAUGCUCUUAUCGGUUCGACCCUCUGCAUCGUAUGUUGCUCCGAUAAGAUGGAGGAAAUCCUGGACAGCCUUAGGAAGGAUGUGAAAGUGGGCCCCAUAUGCUCCCUGAGCGUUACGCAACUUUUCCAUUUUUUGAAAGAGUAUGAUAUUGCCGCGGCACUUGGCGGGAUGCCGGUGGACAUGGUUAGUGAUCGAGUGCACAGACCCGUCUGCUCCGCCAACGUGGACGACGAUGAGGAUGACGACGACGAUAGUGACGACGAUGAUGAUGAGCAUAACCAUUACGGGCAUGGUGGCAGUCUUGUUGGGGGUGAUGAUUACUCCGCAUCGUGCGCUGACUCGACCUGUUCUUUGUUGUCUGAGGAUGACAGCUACCCGGGCUACUCCGAGGGGUACUAG